CAGCGGGGCGCCGGGCGCGCAUGCGCGGAGGGGCCGGCCCCGGGAAGGCACGUGAAGGUCGCUCGUCCGCCCGCCCGCUCAAUCCAUUCAGCCGCCCGCGCUCUUCCCCUUCCAAGGCGGGCCCGGCAUGGACCCGUCGUCCGUCGCGGGGGACUUGGGAGCGGCCGUCAACGACCCGCAGCUGCAGCACUUCAUCGAGGUGGAGACGCAGAAGCAGCGCUUCCAGCAGCUCGUGCACCAGAUGACGGAGCUGUGCUGGGAGAAGUGCAUGGAUAAGCCUGGGCCCAAGCUGGACAGCCGAGCCGAGACCUGCUUUGUGAACUGUGUCGAGCGUUUCAUUGACACCAGUCAGUUUAUCCUGAACCGGUUGGAGCAGACGCAGAAAUCCAAGUCGCCCUUCUCCGAGAGCCUCUCCGACUGAGCGGAAGCCUUCCGUGGUGCUGUUUUACUCGUUUUGAAAGAAGGAGGAGGGGACGCCGAUUUGAAUGGAAGAAGAGGAGAAAGAACCGAAGGAAGGAUUUUUAACCAUGAUAAGCUGGGAGGGAGCUUGGCCCCCACGUUUGCGAUGGACUUCAGGGCUUCCUGGUCACCUGGUCUAAUUCUGGUCUUAAAAUUCCCCACUGGGUGAACAUGAAUAACCAUGCGACAUCACACACCUGCUAUUUAACCCGGACUUCUGCUGUCCUAGAUUUUAAUUUUUUUCUUUUCUUCCCCUGGAUAAUGGGAGCUUCAUAACCAGAAUGGUGGCUUGACUAUCUUUACCCAGCAGUAAGGUAGGGAAAGCACACUCCUUGAAACUUGAAAAAUGUUCUUUUUUGAGAUAAGGGGACUGGGAGGCCUGAGAUACUAACACAGAUCCGGGGGGGAAAGUAGGGGUGCAAACGUGCCUUUCAAACGGUACCGUGCAUAAGCACGGCUCUUUCAAACAAUCCAGAUGUUGCUUGCUUGAACUUGCAGCUGAGCUAACCUUUGUAAAACAGAGGGGCUUACAGGAAUGAAUUUGCAAAAGGGCACCAGUAGAGACCCGUUGUCUUUCUUGAGGUGUUUUUUUUCCAAACCUACCUCAGCACAGUAGAAAGAAACACAAACACACACAUACACACACACACACCUGCCAGGCCUGUGGCUGUUAAGAGGAGUUAUCGCUCAUGUGGUCCUGUAUGUCUCUUGCCAAGUACCAAAAUCAAAUCUUGACUUUCUACAUCAAAUUCCUUGCCUCCCGAUCAGUGGAAUAAAGAUCAAUUGGAUGCAUUUUAA